CACAUCAUCGCGUUUUCAUUGGUGUUAUUAAUCCAAAAAAUCAACAUGUCGAAACAGCAGAAGAAGUUCGAGAUCAAGUUCUUAAAGCUGCAAAAUAUAUUCCUAUUGAACAAUUAGGUACAACAGAUGAUUGUGGCUUUUCUCCAUAUAAUGAUGAUGAAUCUAUUACAAGAGAAAAAUGUUAUGACAAAAUUCGAGCUCGAAUUCAAGGAACAAAAUUAGCUGAAGAUAUAUUAAAUGAAAUAUUAUAG